GGGCCGCCCCAAUGAAGGAGCCGGAUGCCAUCAAGCUGUUUGUGGGGCAGAUCCCGAGGCAUCUGGAGGAAAAGGACCUGAAGCCCAUCUUCGAACAGUUUGGUCGGAUCUUCGAGCUGACUGUCAUCAAGGACAAGUACACUGGGCUGCACAAGGGAUGUGCCUUCCUGACAUACUGUGCCCGCGAUUCAGCCCUGAAGGCCCAGAGCGCCCUGCACGAACAGAAGACGCUUCCAGGGAUGAACAGGCCGAUCCAGGUCAAGCCAGCCGACAGCGAGAGCCGAGGAGAAGACCGGAAGCUCUUUGUGGGGAUGCUAGGGAAGCAGCAGACAGAUGAGGAUGUCCGGAAGAUGUUCGAGCCUUUUGGGACCAUAGACGAGUGCACUGUGCUCCGGGGGCCAGAUGGCACCAGCAAAGGCUGCGCCUUUGUGAAGUUCCAGACCCAUGCCGAGGCCCAGGCCGCCAUCAACACCCUUCACAGCAGCCGGACCCUGCCGGGUGCCUCGUCCAGCCUGGUGGUGAAGUUUGCUGACACGGAGAAGGAGCGAGGUCUCCGCCGAAUGCAGCAGGUGGCCACCCAGCUGGGCAUGUUCAGCCCCAUUGCCCUCCAGUUUGGAGCCUACAGCGCCUACACCCAGGCCCUGAUGCAGCAGCAGGCAGCCCUGGUAGCGGCUCACAGUGCCUACCUCAGCCCCAUGGCCACCAUGGCUGCCGUGCAGAUGCAGCACAUGGCCGCCAUCAAUGCCAACGGCCUCAUCGCCACCCCCAUCACCCCAUCCUCAGGAACCAGCACCCCUCCUGCCAUUGCUGCCACGCCCGUCUCUGCAAUCCCUGCUGCCCUGGGUGUCAACGGCUACAGCCCGGUGCCCACCCAGCCCACUGGGCAGCCUGCCCCUGAUGCUCUGUAUCCCAAUGGGGUUCAUCCCUACCCAGCCCAGAGCCCCGCGGCCCCUGUGGACCCCCUGCAGCAGGCCUACGCAGGAAUGCAGCACUAUACAGCAGCCUACCCGACAGCCUACAGCCUGGUUGCUCCUGCGUUCCCACAGCCUCCAGCCCUGGUCGCCCAGCAGCCCCCACCUCCCCCACAGCAGCAGCAGCAGCAGCAACAGCAGCAGCAGCAGCAGCAGCAGCAACGGGAAGGCCCUGACGGCUGCAACAUCUUCAUCUACCACCUGCCCCAGGAGUUCACUGACUCAGAGAUCCUCCAGAUGUUUGUCCCCUUUGGCCAUGUCAUCUCAGCUAAAGUCUUUGUUGACCGGGCCACCAAUCAGAGCAAGUGUUUUGGCUUUGUGAGUUUCGACAAUCCGGCCAGUGCCCAGGCUGCCAUCCAGGCCAUGAAUGGUUUCCAGAUCGGCAUGAAGCGCCUCAAAGUCCAGCUAAAGCGGCCUAAGGAUGCCAACCGGCCCUACUGA